AACCUGUGCUCUGUGCCAAGUGUUCUGAUAUUGUUUAUUGUUAUUAUUUGACAUGUGCUUUAGCUCGCGUGCAGUAUGUGCUAUCCAUAGGUAAUCACUGAGUCUUUCUAGCUAAGGGCAGGGUGCUGCCAAACAGCCUCAACUUGUAUAAAGUGAGCAGGACAAACUCUGAGGAUGUCCUGCCUCAGCUCAAAGUUUAGUGGUUGGGAUCCACAAAAACAGCACUAAAACUUAGUUGCAAAAUGGGCAGUGACUAUUAAAUACAGAAUUUUCCCCAUUUAGUCUGCAAGGCUUGCAGUAAUAGUAAACCAAAUAAAACUAGAGCAAAAAGCUCCAAACCUUGACAAUCUUCUAACGGCCUAAAUACUGACCAGAAAUAUCAGUAUUAUUUAUUGGAUCUUACAGCUGGGAGACUGAUGCCUCUCUGCAGUGGUGAUUAAUGUUACUUGAGAAGACGUGGAUGUCCCAAAUUUGGGAAAUGUGGUUUUGAGUUUCUUUCCGGUAACUGUAGUUAAUAACUGUAUUGUGAGGCUGAGGUCAAGCCAGUAGGAUUACACACAUCAAUAAUCUUGUACAGAAUGCUGCUGUGCUUGGGAGCUUUCUGGCCGCUAGAGAUUCUGGACCUCCUUUACAGACUCUUUAGGGAUGUCACGUAGGUGCCUGUAAUGUAGACGAUACUUUGAAGGCCCAGGUUUCAAAGGCCCCCUUGAUGUAUCACCAUCAUUUCCUCCAACCUUUUAAUUCUCUUCUUGUUGUUUAACCUUUUAAGUGGAAACAUCCUGUUUUCUGCCUUGAUUGUUAUCCUUUAUUUCAGAAGAUAUGCCCUAUGCUGUUUGCUCAGCUUGACUGCUUAGGAUACAAGUGAAUGAAGACAACAGCGUCAUCCAAAGUGUGCACUGUAAGCUCUUAGAAACCCGAAAUGCUUCCUAUAAGCCUAAAUCAACCUGAAGAUCAAACGAACGGGUACGUUUCUCAUAUAUGCGAAUGAAGUAUCUCUUCAUCUCCUGGUUAGUGGUGUUCAUUGGCAGCUGGGUUAUGUAUGUCCAGUACUCCACCUACACAGAACUAUGCCGAGGACAUGAUUGUAGGAAAAUAAUAUGUGAUAAAUAUAAGACAGGAGUUAUUGAUGGAUCAGCGUGCAGUAGUCUAUGUGCAAAGGAGACGUUGUAUUUUGGAAAAUGUUUGUCAACAAAGCCCAAUAACCAGAUGUAUUUAGGAAUUUGGGGAAAUCUGCAAGGGGUUAUAAAAUGCCAGAUGGAAGAAGCUGCUCACCUUGAUUUUGGUACUGAUCCAGAGCCAAGGAAAGAAGUAAUCCUGUUUGAUAAACCAACAAGAGGAACCACUGUUGAGAAAUUCAAGGAAAUGGUGUAUGGCUUUUUUAAGGCAAAGCUGGGUGAACAAGGAAAUCUUUCAGAACUGGUUAACGUCAUUCUGUCUUUUGCUGAUGGAAACAGAGAUGGCAGAGUUUCUUUGCCUGAGGCAAAGUCUGCAUGGGCACUUCUGCAGCUGGAUGAGUUCAUGUUAAUGGUGAUGUUGCAGGGUAAGGAGCAUACUCCCAAGCUGAUGGGUUUUUGUGGUGAUCUCUAUGUGACCGAAAGAGUUGAAUAUACCUCUCUUUAUGGAAUCAGCCUUCCGUGGGUCAUAGAACUUCUGAUUCCUUCUGGAUUCAGGAGGAGCAUGGACCAAUGGUUUACCCCGUCAUGGCCAAGGAAGGCAAAAAUAGCAAUUGGACUUUUAGAAUUUGUGGAAGAUAUUUUUCACGGACCUUAUGGUAACUUUCUCAUGUGUGAUACAAGUGCCAAAAACUUGGGAUAUAACGAUAAAUAUGAUUUGAAAAUGAUGGACAUGAGAAAAAUUGUGCCGGAAAUGAAUUUAAAGGAAAUGAUUAAAGAUCGUCCGUGUGAAUCAGACAUGGACUGCGUUUAUGGAACAGACUGUAGAACUCUAUGUGACCAAAGUAAAAUGAGGUGCACCACAGAGGUUAUUCAGCCUAACUUGGCUAAAGUGUGUCAGCUGCUUAAAGACUACCUGCUUCGUGGUGCUCCUGCAGAUAUCCACGAAGAACUAGAAAAACAACUGUAUUUGUGUAUUGCCCUUAAAGUCUCAGCAAACCAGAUGGAAAUGGAACAUUCUUUAAUACUCAAUAACUUAAAAACAUUACUGUGGAAGAAAAUUUCCCACACGACUGAUUCUUAGCUUCUCCACCAGCAGAAGAUCCCAGCUGCCGCUCGGGGCGGCCUACGGUGUUUGAUAGAAGUGAUGUGCAGCAUUUUGUAAAGACGUGUACUCAGAUUUCAUGAAUGGCUCUUGAACUCUUCCCUUCAGUCAGUUCCUUACUACGGGGCUUCUGAAAGGAUGAACUUAACCCCAUGUGCUCUGGCAGGAGCCAAAAGCACUUGUGGUGUUCAGCACUGUUUGGAAACAAAACCAAUCCUGCAUGCUUGACUGUUCUGUGCACUUUGUUGGAUCUUGAACAGGAUGACAGUGCUCACUGUGCCAUCACAUCAAGUAAUGCAACAUCAUAAAAUAAUAUGAGAGUUGUUGCUCGCUUGUGAAAGACCUGCAAGAGAUUCUUAUCCCCAGUAGUUUUAAGAGGAACCACCACUAUUGCAGAUAUGGUGGCUGAGUUGAAGUUGCUGUUAGGAGUAAAAUGAACUGAGAUUGAAGUUUACUGAUACCUUGGCAUGGCAGAAUUUGCACAUUAAUAGAUAAUUUUUAAACUGUGGAAAAUUAAAAUUUUAUUCUGGAAAUGACA